UUUUUGAUCACGAAACUAAUAAACUUAAUUGAACAAUGAAAAUGAAGUUAUAACGUUACAUUUCUGUACACAGAAAUGAUGAAAAUUGCAUUCAUAAUGGGCAUAAAAUUAUCCAUAAUUCUCUACUGAUUCUGGAUUAUAAAAAUCAAUUGAUCAUUCUACUUUUACUGUGUUUUGAUCUCAUACCAGUCUCAAAAUCAUCAACAGCUGAGCAAUAUGAACACCAAUGUCACACUUCUUAUCAAACACAUCAUUGAAUAUUUUUGUUAACAACCGAUAAGUAAUAAUUAAAGCUUCGCAUUGAACAAUUUUGUAAAAUUUCAAUGUUUUACACCGAUAUACUAGCUGUAAUUUUCUUAUGCUUUGUCAUAUUCUUCAUAGCUCUUUGCUAUUUAAUAUUUUAUCCUGAUUCAGGACAGAUUAUGAAACGUACAAGACGCAGUAAAUGUAUGAAUAAACAAACAAAUAAUAAAAAUGCAAGAAAAGAAGUUGCACGAUUUUAUAGUUUUGAUAAAAAUUCCUGCCAACUGAUGAAUCCUUGUUCAGUAACUACUACUUCGACUACUACGACUACUACUACUACUACUACUACUACCACUAGUACCACUAGUACUACUGCUACUAGUGACAAUUCAAAACGAGAUUCAUGCAGUAAUACAAGUUUAAAAACAAUCAGAGAAACAGUUAAACCUAGAGAAAGACAUCAACGAUACAGUUUACAACAGAUGUCAUCCUAUCAACCAAAUCAAUAUGGUCGUAGAUUAUCAGUUGCUCGUGAUCAAAACACCAGACUGAUUUGCGGUUUACAAAAUCCACCAUUGAAUAGUAUUACUAGACUUCAAAUGGUACAACCAGAUAAUAAAAUGUUAACAAAUAGAGGCAAAUUAAUACGAGCAUUCUCUGAAAGUUGUACAACUAAAUGUCAAAGUAACAACAAUAACACUGGUCAUAGGAAUAAUGAGAUAACUGACAAUAAAAAUUUCAGUUCAUCUGAUAAAGAGAUGAGAAAAACUAGUCAUUUGCCAAAAUUAAGUGAUCCAAACUUGUCGAAAAAUUUACAAUUUUGGUCGAACCGUACAAAAUUCAAUAAAUCGACGACGUAUCAAAGUGAAAAAUCAAUGUCCUCAUCAUCAUCAUCAAUUGAUUCUGUAUGGUCAGGAGUUAAACGUCGUCUAAGUAAUACUGAAACAGUUUUUCAUCCUGUUAUGCGUAUCUUUUCUACUGUACAAUUGAAAAAUCAAACAGAUUUCGAUAAUACAUGGAGAAAUUUCACCAUGAAUCCAGAUACAAAUGGACAUAUAUGCUUUUCAUUGACGUAUACAUGCACUGUUGGAUUACUAAACGUAACCAUCAAUCGACUGAUCGGUGUUAGCAAUCUGAUUAAAAGUUCAGAUAUUUUACCAAGUCAAACACCAGCUAAUUUUGUUGUAAGCUUACGUUUAAGACAUUGUAACACUUCGAAAUCAUACACAGAAGUCUACAGUGAACAGGAUAAAGAAAGACAAACUCUCCUAAAUGAAAGUGAAGGAUUUCAUAAAACUUAUUUUACACAACCAGUUUUAACGUCAUUAAAUCCAAAUUUUGAUCAGUCGUUCCUAUUUUCAAUCACUACAAAUGAAUUAAACAAUGCUGAACUAGUUUUAACAGUAUUACAAUCAACAACAAAACAUGAUUACACUAAUGCAUUUAUCAAUUUCGACACUGAUCGUAUACCUAGACGUAAUAAAUCCGUUGAUUCAUAUAAUCAUCCAUGUCCACCUUAUGAAGUUGACAGAUUACCACGUAGAAUGAAUAUGAUCUCUGAAGAAAUGCGAUGUAUCGGUGUAACAUUUUAUAAAUUAAAUCAAUAUGAAUUAAUUAAUUGUCCAGAGAAAAUGCAAAAUAUUUGGCAAGAAUUACGCAAAUUACCGGAAUUACAUAGUAGACAAUCGAGAAUAGCAAGUUACGAAGAUGAAAAUUCUGUCAAUUUUGAAUUAUAUCCAUCUACUGCGGAAAAUGAUCAUGAAAAAAAUGAAUUUGGAGAGGAAAAUCGUUUGUCAAAUAUUAAUUCCGAAGUUCCGCAAAAUGAAGAUUUGAAAAAACCAAUGGUCAAAGUAACUGUUCAAUAUAAAAUGGAUUCUUCUAUCUUUGAAAUUUUUAUAGAAGAAUUUAAAAAUGUCAAAAUUUUCAAACAUGAAACUGAAAUGUUAUUUCAAGCAUUAUUCUGUCUUGGAAAUACAACUUUAUCCGUAGUACGAUGUAAGCCAUUCCGAUUUAUUGCACCGAAAUCAACUGUCGACGAGACCACUAUCGAUCCAAAUGAUCCGUUUCACAUUUACGAUCAUAUUUCAAUUUCACCGGAUGAACAUGUCUCGCUAAAUAUCGAUGUGAAUCGAUUAUUGAAUUACAAUAACAUUGGAAUAAUUUUACAAAUAUUCAUACGAACCAGUACAUCGAAUCAAUUAAGACGUUUAGCCAAUCUAUCGAUUGGUCUAACUAAACUAACUAACGAUCUGGCAUUGAUUCAAUGGAAUGAUUUAAUUAAAGAAUUGAAACGAUUAAAAAAUACAAAUCAAUUAUUUGGUUGCACUAAGAAAAUCACUUAUUGGCAUUCAUUGGAAGCAUUGUGAUUGCAAGUGUUGUUACUUCUUCUCCAUAUCUGUUAUAUGAAUUUUUGUAUAAGAAAAAAAAAUGAAACACAUUUAAAAUGUGCCAGUUAUUUUGAACAGUUGAAUAAACAGUUGAUGAGAAUGUGUUUGUUGUAAACCGACCGAAUGAGAUUCUAAGUACAUGA